GAAGAGGGACUGGUCCGCACUUUUUACAUGGGGGAGCUUGACAGACCGGGGGCCUGCAAGCUGCGAAGAGAAGGAGAGACGAGAGUACUAAAGAGGGGAUGCGAAUGAGGGUAGGGGAGGAGGAGGUGGGCGAUGGAGGAUGGAGAUAGACAGACGGACAGACGGACAGACACACCCGAUGGAUCGCGAGCGGCGGCUGGCACCGCGCGCCGGCCAAUUGGAGGGCGAGGCGGUGGGGCCGAUCCGGGGAGAUUAGUUGUUCCGGAGAGCUGCUGGGGAUCCUCAGGCACGAGGCCCGCCAGGCACCGAGGCAUCCAGGCAUCCAGGCAUCCAGGCCAGCAGGUGUCCAGGUGUCCAGGUAUCCAGACGUCCAGUCAACCGGCCUGGAAAAUGCGGGGAAGAUGCAGCGCAGUCAAAAUGGGGCAUUCCCUUUGGUUUUCUGGCUCUCUGCUUGUCCCUCCUCUUCCCCGGCUCUAAACAUCAGUCGGCACUCAUGAAUAUAUACCCCACAGCAACUCCUGGGAGACAUCAGAUGCUGCAGACAACCCGGUCAUGACCCGCCAGGCGAUCAGGCAAUCAGGAAAUGGAGGAGACGACUGGCAGGCAGCGUGAAUCGGCAUUCACUGGCCAGACGCGGUG